AUGAGACUCGGCAAGAUCCCCAAGGUCACGCCGUCAGGCCUCCGAAUCAACCAGAGCAGGCUGUGGGAGACCAUCCACGAGACCUGCAAAUGGGGCGCGGCGCAUCGGUGGGGGGAGGGUCCCAACGAUACAGGGAUGGCUCGCCUAACACUUAACAACGAAGACGCGCGAGUGCGCCGGUGGUUCGCAGACGAAGUGCAGAAACUCGGGUGCACGCUGGCCGUUGAUCAAAUGGGGAAUAUGUUUGCGAGGCAGAAAGGGAGUCUGGGGUCUUCGAGGCCCAUGAUUGCAAUGGGGAGUCAUCUCGACACGCAGCCUAGGGGGGGUCGGUAUGAUGGGAUUCUGGGGGUUGUUGGGGCGUUGGAGGUGCUGAGGACGAUGAAGGAGAGUGGGUUUCGGACGAACUAUGAUGUUGGCAUUGUGAAUUGGACUAAUGAGGAGGGGGCCCGCUUCCCGAAGUCGAUGUGCUCGUCCUGCGUCUGGGCCGGAGCCAUUCCCAUCCAGGCAGCGUGGGAUCUGCGCGAUAUUCAAAAUAACAAGGUUACUCUCCGCUCAGAGCUCGAAAGACACGGUUACCUCGGCGAUAUUUCCUGCUCGCACGAAGCAUACCCUCUCGGCGCGCACAUUGAGCUUCACAUUGAGCAGGGCCCGAUCCUGGAAGAAACCGGGCGCUCGGUCGGAGUCGUCUUAGGUGCCCAGGGCUACCGCUGGCUCAAGUUCACCGUAACCGGGAAAGACGCGCACACAGGGACAACACCAUUUAGUGCAAGGAAAGACCCCCUUCUCGCAGCAAGCAAGAUGAUAGUCGCGAGCAACGAGAUCGCUAAGAAACACGGAGCCCUGGCGUCGACAGGUAUCCUGAAGAUCCCGGAUAACUCCUCAACCAACACCGUUGCUUCAGAGGUAGUCUUCACCCUUGACAUCCGGCACCCAGACGACGCUGUCGUCCAUGCCGUGGAGGAAGAGUGCCUGCGUUCUUUCCAAGCCAUCUCCACUCAGGACGGAAAAGGCGUUACCCUGAACUGGACAGUUGACACCGAUUCCCCGGCCGUGAAGUUCCAUCCCGACUGCACCAACUCGAUCAAGGCUGCGGCCGAAGCAUUAGUUGGCAAGGAGGGCUGGAUGGAGAUGACAAGCGGCGCGGGCCACGACAGCGUGUACACGAGCCGACACUGCCCGACGGCCAUGAUCUUUGUCCCGUGUCGAGACGGAGUAAGCCAUCAUCCUACUGAGUACUGCGCGCCGGAGGAUUGCGCCCUUGGAGCCCAGGUUUUGCUGGAGAGUGUUGUUAACUAUGACCGGGCUCUGGUGGAGAGGACAGAAAAGCAAUAG